GUGGAUGAAACAAAUAAGUAAGAUUCGAGUGACGCUAAAUUUCGUUUCAAACUAUAAUGAAGCCACUUUUAAACUCAAAUUCAGAAGCCGCAGAGUUGGAUGUGAGCACAAUGAAUGUGAAUGUGGACGAUUUGCCCUUGAUGAACCAUUACGAAUGAAGCGUAAAAUCGUGCCCUCUCCGCCCCAGUGCCAUCACUCAUAGUCUAUAUUCAUAUCCAAAUUGCAUUAAUGUCAUGUGUUAAGACCCCCGCCCCUAUUUUGCAAACUUUUUUUUUUUUUUUUACCAAAUAAGCGACCUUACUCGCUCGUGUCAUCGGCAUAAUCACUUGGGAAAGGUCUUUAAGGCAGGGGAUCUUGGUCCCAUUCUCUAAGACGGGUUUGUGUAACUCUCCUCAAACCUGAGGGGGAGUUUGGAGUGUUUGGUCAACGACAGUGGUUCCUGGAAAAGAUCUGAAUCGUUUUAUAACCAAACCCAGCUGCGGUCUGGUGUGGGCUGCAGUCUCUGCGUGCAUGCGCGCGCGUGUGUGUGUGUGCAUUCUCAUUUGAAUGAGGUAAAGAGAGAGGAAGGGGUUUCUGCGCUUCCCUUUCCAAGAGAGUGAUAUAGAGAGGGAGGGAGAGAGAGAGGGAGAGAGAGAGAGAACGAGAGAGAGAGAGGGGAAAAAAAGUUUGGUCUUGUUCUCCCCUUGACUCUUUUUUUAGGCAUGAACGCCGAGACCUGUGUUUCAUACAGCGAUAUGACAUCCAUGGAUUCAUAUUAUAGCACCUCUGCUGCGCAAGGUAGGGAUCACCAGGCGGACCUCUUUAGGACAUUCCCAGCUUCUGACACCAAAUACAGCCCCACCGCCUUCCUGCCCAGCAAAGGUCAGGCUUACGGAGAAAAGUCCCGGAGCCCCUUCCAGCAGGAGUGCCAGUCAUUGGAUGCCGCCACAGCUGGGCAAGGCACUUUCAGCAAAUACCACCUCUUCAUGCAGAGGUCUUCAUGCAAAACACCCCCCGAGGAGGACAAACUACACCAGGAGAGGGGACACAACGGAGCGCUCAUCCCGUGCUAUGGUAAAGACAGCUCAGGUCUGACAGACUCUGAUUUGGCCCCGGACUCGGACCCACCUGGAAUGGACACCAGAUUCCUCUCUGUGAAGGAUCAAGGUGUUAAGGCGCCCUCUGAUAGGCCGCCGGGCACUGACUUAGCGUCCCCGCUGGACAAGGCAGACGGCGGAGAAAGCAACAAAGGCAAGAAGAGGCGCAACCGCACCACCUUCACAAGCUACCAACUGGAAGAGCUGGAGAAGGUUUUCCAGAAGACGCACUACCCUGACGUCUAUGCUCGGGAGCAGCUCGCACUGAGGACUGACCUGACCGAAGCCCGUGUUCAGGUGUGGUUCCAGAACCGGAGAGCGAAGUGGAGGAAGAGGGAGCGCUUCGGCCAGAUGCAGCAGGUCCGAACUCACUUCUCAACAGCUUACGAGCUUCCUCUUCUAACUCGCCCUGAGAACUAUGCACAGAUUCAGAACCCUUCGUGGAUCGGUGGCGGCAGCGCAGCGUCUCCCGUGCCUGGCUGCGUCGUUCCCUGCGACACCGUGACCCCCUGCAUGACUCCACAUCCCCACUCGGCCAGCGGGAUGUCAGAUUUUCUGGGCGUACCGAGCCCUGGUGGCCAUGUGGGACAGGCUCACAUGGGCAGCCUGUUUGGAGGAUCUCCCGGCAUGCCCACGGGCAUCAACACGUACGAUCUCAACAUGGACCCUGACCGCAAGUCGUCCAGUAUCGCCGCCCUGCGCAUGAAGGCCAAAGAGCACAGCGCGGCCAUAUCUUGGGCCACAUGAUGUGUCAGUACGCGCUGCAUGGGGGAACUGGCUGACCCCCUACAAAUGUCUAAACAAUCCCAGCAUGGGCUGAGGAGGCACUAAAAUCCAAACUUUAAAGGCAACAAUGACUACCUUCAAAACUUGCUGCAAUUAAAUGAUUAUGUAAAGAUAAAAAAAAAAAAAGAAAAAGAAAAAAAAAGAAAUUUGGCAAAAUAAGUGGUGGCAUGUUUUCCUGUGCCUCUGGUGGGAGAAGACCAUCAUGGUGAGCCUGGUGGGAGCCUGGUGGGAGGUGGGUGAUGCCGUACUGUAUAACAGGAGAUGCAGUGUAGGACGCUAAGAAAAGUAAUUAUUUCAAACUAAUUCAUGCACUUAUUUGCUCAAAUACAGAAAAUUCUGUUUGUACAGCGCUUUCAAUGUCUGCAGCUCUUCGGUUGGUGCUGUUUUAUUCUUAUUUAAAUUUAAGUGUUAUUGUUUUGUUUUUUUUUCUCUUGGUGGUUUGGAUUUUAUACAUAGACCAGCAGGAAUCCUUAAAAACUGAAAUUCAGAUUUCGUUUUUAUAUGCCUGGUAGAUAUUAUUUUAGGGCAGUCCUUAUCAGUAUUAGCACAUGUUGAACUUGAGUCAUUCUGGUGCUAAGAUCAAGCUUCAGAUAAUUUAUCCGCCACAUAAAGGGGCUUCUCAACACGCAAAUGUUAAAACAACUCACUCUGGGUUUGUACAACAAUAGGUGCAAAUCUUGGAAGUGGUUCUACCCUAUAUAAUUUAAAAGUCAAGCAGAUGAAAAGUGGUUUGCUUAAGUGUGGUCAGGGCGAGAGAUCCACCUGCCGCCCUGAAUCAGCCUGCUGAUGCCGAGGGAGAGGAAGAAAUGGAGGAGGAAGUUGUGUGUGGGAGUGGGAGAGGGGGCACAGCAGGCCUGCUGCUCUCAGGGCUGAAGAGCCUGGGAGCGCCCGCUUCCAAACAGACGCCGCUCUGUUUUCAAGAGGACAGACUCCGAGUGGACACGACUCUGCCCCUUGCGUUUCUGGUCCCACAGGUUACACAGAGAGAAGUGCCUACUAGUCAGUCAGACUGCCAGGAAUAACAGAGAAACCAGCAGCGGUCUCCUUUGAAACGGAGGAGGCUGGUGGAGAUUACACAUAGAGUGUUGACACUUUUAAACGCUGAAAGGAUGUCAGUGUUCAACAGCCAUUUCUGAACUUUAACGUGGCUGCAAAAGCCAGUAAACGGUCCCGAAGCAGCACUGGCAUGCAUGUUAUUGUGUUUCUUUCUUAUUUUUUUCUCAUAUCGCUUUUUUGUCAGAGGACAUGCAGAGUGACCUCGAUUUUUCUUAUCAGCGGUUUAGAUGUGGAAACACCACAAAAAAAGAAAGAAAAAUAAUAAAAAAAAAACUUCUGAUCAUUACACUUUGAAGACAUCAUUAUGGUCAAGCAGAUUUUGUAAGGGAUCGCUGCAGCUGAAGAACUAGAAAAGACCCAAACUCCCAGAUUUACUGUGUGAGAGAUGGUUUUGGUCGUCUGAUUACUUGCAUAUUAAUUUGAGAGUUUGCGCCACUAAAGCGUUAAUCCUGAGGCCGUGUCUCAGCAGGUGCAUGUGUCAAAACAUAAAAUCUUCAUUUCAUCUCUUCUCCUAGUACCGCUUAUCCUCACUAAGCUGUGACUGGAGGAGAGGCGGGGUGCACCCUGAACAGGUCUUAAAUAUUUAAAUUUCUACAAUCAAAUAACUAUCUGACACAUGGGAAACCUGGGAUUAGAUAGUAUUCCAGAAGUGCGCUGUUUGGUUUCUGAGGAGGCUACGACUCAAUUCUCCACCUGAGAGGCUUCAGGGAUGGUUUUCUUAACUGUAAGAAAUAUUUCUGUAAAGCUGAACAAGAGAGAGUGGUUGAAUCUGUCCAAGAACAACCAAUGUUUGUGCCUGUAGCCUUGUAAUGCUUUGGGCAUGAUGCGCCGAGAGGAUCAGUUUCUAGGAAGGUUUCAGCAUGUCAAGAUUAAGUGCCAAAUGAGCUUUUCCUCCCUGCUCCUCUAUCUGGCCAUGAACAAUUUGUCUGUGUUUGUUUGUAAACCCUCAGUGGGAAGAGAAAGGGCCAAGUAGAGGCUCGAGUGAGCUAGACCUAGUCAGGGAUGAGCUCCACCUCCAAAUCAGAUGUUCCUUGGGGGUAUCAUUCAAAUAUUUAUAAAGUAAACAUAGUUUUUUUCCCCCCUGGUAACAGCCUUCUCCAGUGACAGAAACAUCACAUAAGGUUUUCCACUGUGGUAUCAUGAGGUUAUACACGCUUUUCUUUGUUUGCAAAGCCUGAUUUAGGCCUGAAGCAUAACAAAAGUUCUUCAUGGUCUCAAAAAGCGAAACCGAUACCUUGUAGUGCACCUUGAGGCAGAGCAACCAUUACGAAUUUCCUAAACCGAACCACAUUCACUGUCCUCCUGGAUAGGUAAGGGGAACGAGUUACAGGCUGUAACCUGUCAGCAGAGCAGAACACCUCAACGUCGUCCAAAUUACAUCCAGUUUCACUAUUCGCUCCGAAUGCCAGGCGUGUCGAUGCGCAGAGGACACAUCUCAGAGCCGAGAGGGUCUCCUUGCAAAUGUGAACAUGGGGCCCCUGCGCUCUGACUGAGGGGUUGGACGGAGGGCGAGCCGCGAGGGCGACUGCUGUGUUCCGGUGUUCUGGGAAAAGGACAGUGCACACAGCUGCGCUCAGGGGGUAAAUGCAAAACAAACAUGCCUCACACAUGCUUCCCCCUCAGCUGUCAUGGCUCUGCUUUCAAAGAUUCAUCCCCCCCCCCCCAUCACACACAUUACACCGUGCCUCUCCCUCUGCUCACUUCCACUAUGUCCACUGGCCCAAAGCUGCAGCCGCUCAUCGCAGUGUUGGAGGAAGCCGACCCAGCAAGGCUUUUUAAUUAACACUGAGCCGUGUGGAGGCUGAGGACUGCAGUGUUGUGUGUCAGGAUGGACAGCACCGCCUGUCUUCAGCGUAGACUGUUCCUCUGCACAGACAUACUGGCAUUGCUCAGGUUUACAGAAUACAUACGUGUGCUUUUCUGCCUCUUUUUUUUUUCUCUCGUGUUUUUAAGCUCCAUUGUUCUUGGACUUGUAAUACAAGAUUAGUUUCACAUGAAAGCCUCUCCUUCCUGUAUGCUGCAUAACGCCAGGCUUGAGGGAUGUCGUCAUCAUCCACUUUUCUCUCUUUCUAAUACUACUGAAGUCAGGCAAUCAUUAUGGGAGUAAAUAUAAAAUAUGUGUUGUUGUGCGCAUGUGCAUUUUUGGGCAUGCUGAAUGGAUUGAAGUGUAAUAUGACUUACUAAUUUUAAUGCUCCGUUUUACUUCAUGAGAUGUUUUUUUUUUUUUUCAAGUAUUUGUGAGUGUAUCGCUUUUGUUGAAUUCGUUAUUAUUGUAUUUUCUGGUUUCCAUGUGUUUGAACAUUUUUUUUUUUCCACUUGAUAUGCAAGGUAUUUUCCCCCCUUAGUUUGUAUGGCUUUAAGCUCUCCUUUAAAAUGAGUAUGAAUUUACUUGUGCUUGUGUUAUAUUUUGUGUGAUUAAAAUUCAAUAAGUUAUUGCA